AUGUCCGAGCCCGCCGGCGCCUCUGGCGAUUCCAAAAAGGCCCAAGGGGGAGCAGCUGCCGCACCGGGUGCCCCAGGACGAAUCUCCUUCUCUGGUGAGCGAGGCGAUACGGAACGCGGCGACAAGAGCGAGCGAGCAGGUGAGAGACGGGCCUCGAGACGUGUUUCUCGCGCGUCGACAAAGGAAGACUGGUCGAACCUCGACGAAUACGGCAAGCUCGUCAAGUACAUUUCGUCGUACCGCGAACGGGGCGAGGAAGAAGGGGAGGAAAAUGUGGAAGAGAAGCGAGUCUGGUAUGCGCCGUGGAAGAAGCGCAAAGUUCGUCGCCAGGUCCAGGAGAAGGAGCCUGGCAAGUUCCCUGAUGAGUGGCUUAUCACGGACAUCAGGCAGGGCUUGCCUAGCUCUGAGGUGCCGAUCAGACGCCGACGGUCAGGGUGGAACGAGCUGGUUUCUGAGAAGGAGAAUCCAAUAGCGAAGAUCUUGUCGUACUUCCGGGGACCAAUUCUAUAUGUCAUGGAGCUUGCUGUUCUUCUCGCCGCGGGUUUGGAAGAUUGGGUUGACUUUGGUGUCAUCAUCGGAAUUCUAUGCUUGAACGCCGCCGUUGGUUGGUAUCAAGAGAAGCAAGCUGCCGACGUUGUUGCCAGUCUGAAAGGAGAUAUUGCAAUGAAAGCGCACGUUGUUCGUGAUGGGCAAGAACAGGAGAUUCUGGCUCGAGAGCUCGUGCCUGGAGACGUGAUUAUCGUUUCAGACGGUCAGGUCGUUCCGGCCGACGCCAAGGUCGUUUGCGACUACAAAGACCCCAACGGUUUCGAGGAGUACAAGUAUUUGCUCGAGCAUGGCGAUCUCAGCAGCACCUCUGAAUCCGACAUUGAGGAGGAAGGGGAAGCAGAGGGCAAAGAGAAAGAGGCUGAGCAGAAAGUGCCACCAGCCAGAAAGCGGGGAUAUCCGAUUCUAGCAUGCGAUCACUCUGCAAUCACAGGCGAAUCGCUUGCCGUGGAUCGAUAUAUGGGCGGAAUGAUCUACUACACGACAGGCUGCAAGCGCGGCAAGGCCUAUGCUAUCGUCCAGACUACUGCAAAGUACUCGUUUGUCGGCCGCACGGCUAGUAUGGUGCAGGCUGCACAAGGAGCAGGGCAUUUUGAAAAGGUCAUGGAUAGCAUUGGCUCAUCCCUCCUGAUCCUUGUUAUGGCCUGGAUCCUGGCUGCCUGGAUUGGUGGUUUCUUCCGCCAUCUUCCUAUUGCCUCUCCGCGCCAGCAGACCCUCUUGCAUUACACACUAUCUUUGCUGAUCAUCGGUGUUCCUGUCGGUCUUCCUGUCGUUACGACAACUACAAUGGCCGUUGGAGCAGCGUAUCUGGCAAAGAAAAAGGCAAUCGUGCAGAAGCUUACUGCAAUCGAAUCUCUUGCUGGCGUUGAUAUCUUGUGUUCCGACAAAACCGGCACGCUGACCGCGAACAAACUGAGCAUCCGCGAUCCGUAUGUGGCCGAAGGCGUCGACAUCGACUGGCUCUUCGCUGUAGCUGCACUUGCGUCUUCGCAUAAUAUUGACUCUCUCGAUCCCAUUGAUAAGGUCACCAUCCUUACACUCCGGGCCUAUCCCCGUGCCCGCGAGAUUCUCCGAAGAGGAUGGGUAACCGAAAAAUUCACCCCAUUUGACCCCGUGUCGAAACGGAUCGUGUCAGUGGUCACUUGUGAUGGUGUCCGGUACACAUGCACAAAAGGCGCGCCAAAAGCGGUUCUCCAGCUCACCGAAUGUUCCAAGGAAACAGCUGACCUCUACAAAGCUAAGGCACAAGAGUUUGCACACAGAGGCUUCCGGUCCUUGGGCGUUGCGGUCCAGCGAGAAGGAGAACCGUGGACGCUUCUGGGAAUGCUGCCUAUGUUUGAUCCUCCACGCGAAGAUACAGCGCACACGAUCCGCGAGGCGCAGAACUUGGGAAUCAGUGUGAAAAUGCUUACAGGUGAUGCACUAGCGAUUGCAAAAGAGACAUGCAAGAUGCUUGCUUUGGGGACGAAAGUGUACAACUCUGACAAGCUGAUUCAUGGUGGCCUGAGCGGAGCAAUGGCUCUUGACUUGGUCGAGAAGGCAGACGGCUUUGCAGAAGUCUUUCCGGAACAUAAAUAUCAGGUCGUUCAGAUGCUGCAGGAGCGAGGCCAUCUCACUGCAAUGACGGGUGAUGGCGUGAACGAUGCACCAUCGUUGAAGAGGGCAGACUGUGGUAUUGCAGUUGAAGGAGCUUCCGAAGCAGCGCAAUCAGCCGCGGACAUUGUCUUCUUGGAGCCCGGCUUGUCAACAAUCAUCGACUCGAUUAAAAUGGCACGACAGAUCUUCCACCGAAUGAAAGCAUAUAUUCAGUAUCGAAUUGCCCUCUGCCUGCACCUGGAAAUCUAUCUCGUGACCUCGAUGAUCAUCAUCAACGAAAGCAUCCGCGUCGAGCUUAUCGUUUUCCUCGCACUCUUUGCCGACCUUGCAACUGUUGCAGUUGCCUACGACAAUGCCUCAUUUGAGCUCCGACCAGUAGAAUGGCAGCUCCCAAAGAUCUGGUUCAUUUCAGUUCUGCUAGGCGUCCUCCUAGCCCUCGGCACCUGGGUCGUCCGCGGCUCAAUGUUCCUGCCCAGCGGCGGCAUUAUCCAAAACUGGGGCUCGAUCCAAGAAGUCCUGUUCCUUGAAGUCGCGCUGACAGAAAACUGGCUCAUCUUUGUAACGCGUGGGAUGGAUACCUGGCCAUCAAUUCACCUCGUCACCGCAAUUCUCGGCGUCGAUAUCCUCGCGACAAUCUUCUGCCUCUUCGGCUGGUUCAGCAACGAGACCAUGCCGACGAACCCGGCAACCUCGUUCGUCGAAACUACCAACGGCUGGACGGAUAUCGUGACUGUCGUCCGCGUGUGGGGCUUCUCUCUGGGCGUGGAGAUUGUCAUUGCGCUCGUCUACUUUAUGCUGAACAAGUUCAAGUGGUUGGAGAAUCUGGGUAGGGCGAAGAGGGACAAAGGAGAUCUCAAGAUUGAGAAUUUGUUGGGCCACCUGUCGAGGCUUACGGUUGAGUAUGAUCAGCCUGGACAGCCGAGGGGCAAGUUCUUCCUUGCUGCGAGUAAGGAGGAGGAGGAGGAGGUUGAGUAGGUUAGCCAUGAUUGCUCUUGGCGGGCACCUGUGUGAGGAGAAGAGCGGUGGUUUAUGGUGUCUAAGUGGAAGAAUACGUCUUUCUGUUUUUGUCAUGGUUUGAGAUCGUGGAUAGUAAUACACUCCACGUUCGAUAGUGAUAUCACUAGCUAAUCAAAUGGUUGCGUUUCUCACGUCCGCACUGGACGUCUAUACCUGCUCGGCAGCAAUCAUUAGGGC